AUGAAACUUCGACUAGGAAGUGACAUGAAUAGAACAACGCUAGUACUUGUUAUCGCUACUGAACCAGCAUCUACAUGCCAGCUUCCACCAAUUGUCUACCAACUAUGGACUCUGGCGAACAAUAACACUUUCUCAUUAACCUACUAUGGCGGCAUUUAUCGACACCUACUCACACCUUCGUUUUCUGUUCUGUCUUACACAAUUUUCGAACUAGAAACCAUCAUCAAGACGAAGGCCAACGCCGAUACCUUUUUCGACUUCGGUGGUCAAACAUCGCCAGUGCCGCCUCACAAGCAGACCUUGGCGGCAGCAGACGAGACUUUGAGGCUACCCUCCCCAGAAGCGACACACUCGGAACAUAUGGCUCCUCCAAGUAAGCUUCAUAGGGCUGGCAUUCUAGUGAUGCCCGCGUCCGUGUCGCUUCUCAAUACCUUCAACUCCGGCCUGCUUACCGUGGCUCCGCCUGCGAUAGCCAGGGAGCUCGACAUUGCGCCGAGUGUGCAACAGUGGCCAGCAUCUGUCUAUGCUCUAGGGUUUUCGUGCGGUCUCCUUCCCCUUGGCGCCAUCGCCGACGUUGUUGGUAACCGUCCCGUCUUUUUGACGGGCCUGUUAUUAUAUACGGUCUUCACCUUGGCAGUGUCGCUCAGUCGCACUGGAGGAGAGCUCAUCGCCUUCCGCACGGCUUACCCGCGGGUCGCACCCGCAAUGUUGCUUUUGCGGUCUUUGGUGGCGGUAAUCCAGUUGGCUUCGCCAUGGGGCCCUGUCUUGGGCGGUGUCUUUGUCCAGGCCGCGAGUUGGCGCGCCGGCUACUGGAUGUCCACCAGCGUCAAUGCGGUAUUCAUGAUCCUCGCCUUCUUCUGUCUGCCUAAGCUGACAAACGGCGUCGCCAGCUUUGUUCGCCGGCCUCACUCCAUUGCCCUGUCAAUUGUUGCCGGAUUGCUUGUUCCAUUUUACGUCUUCUGGGAGAGUCGUCAGGAGAGACUUGGCCGCCCAGCCGUUCUUCCAAAUAGCAUUUGGCACCGACUCGAGUUUGCAACCGCCUGUCUCUCCGUCUUACUCACCUGGUCCUGGUUCAACGCCUUUUCGUACUGGGCUACUCUUUAUUAUCAGGAGUCCCAGCAGCUAGAUGCCUUGCAGACGGCUCCUAAUUCAUGGACAGAGUCGACGCGGAAGUCUGCCUUCCCGGCCAUGAUCAUGAGCGUCAUCAGCACCGACCUCCUCUUCAACAUCAGCAACCUGAUCAUUACGAAUAACUUCCCGAGCAAGAGCCAGGCUCUCGCAGGUGGCGUCUUUAACACUGUUGCGCAGUCAGGCAACAGCAUCGGCCUAGCUGUCACUGCUAUGAUUGCGGCUUCGGUAAUUACAGGAAGCUGCUGGAAGCGAAAAAAUGGCUACGAGCGGCUUCGUGACAUUCAAUUCUUCUCUGCUGCAGGGCUACUGGAGCAGAUUUUGGACAUGCUUCGCUGCUGCUGUUGUGGUCACACUGAUCAGUUCGACUGGCUUGCGAAAAGCUGGGAAGAGCCUAAUUCGAUAUCGAAAAUCCUCAAGGAAUUCAAAUUCCGCCUCGGAUUCGGGUUGUUGGGAUAG